UUCUGGCGUUGUCCUGAUUUAUAGAACUUAUUUUGGAAUGGAGAAAAUCGGGGAGUAGAAGUUUGACAAACGUGCUCACGAUAAUCUAUAAUAUGCAUUCCCUUCAUCUCAUAAAGAGUGCAAUUCCAGCAGUAUUCAAAUUUUGUUGCACAAAGACAUUUCUCUCUGUCUUACCUCUUAACCACCUUCAUUCUUCUAAACACCUCUCAUUUAAUGAUGAUAUCUGGUUCAUUUCCCUUAAAUUCAAUAUUAUCUAAAAUGUUAGACCUUCAUCUCAGAGAUUUUAAAAGCAUAUCCUGUCUAGAUUCUUAAUACUAAGGUCAUGUUCCCCUAAAAUCCUAGUAUUUAUUUUUAUUUUUUUUUUGGAGGGAGGGGGUGUUGUUUGUGUGCUAUAUGGAGAGGAUAAGAGGAAAAGAAUUGGGCCAAUAAGCUAGUUUGCUAUAGCUGACCGACUAGCUUAGCUUCUCUUCUCAGGUUGGAGCACACAGCAAGCAACCAUGAACCAUGUGUAUAUGCCUAGUACUCCUAUUCCUAUAUAUGCAUAGCUCAUGCACUUGCCGUCUAGUUCAGUCUCUCUCAUGGUUUACAUUUAUGACGAUGAUUCAGGACGUGCACAAACAGUAUUAACAAUGAUUGUCAAACCCACAACAGCAACAAUGAUACAAUUUGGGCGGACAUUACGUACUUAAAAUUAAUUUCGGCCAGCUGAUCUGUGCUAAGACAAUUAUAUUAUUAGUCAAAGGAUCAACAGGGGAGUGCGUUGAAAAGAAAAAAAAUCAAUCAAAAGGAGGAAGAGGUUUAAGAUCAAGUUGUGCGAGAAAAGAUCUCCCUGCUGAUUGUUGCUGCAACUUGCAGGCUUUGCAGCUAGCUCGCCUCCAAACCAACCGAACUCUAAUUUGUUUUGUUCCUUGCUGCAAUAUUUGCUGACUUAUAUGGUAUUUUUCAGAGAUAGGGCCCGUUCUUUUUGAUAUUUUUGUUAGAGUGGAUUAAUGCAACACGUUUUCCAAGCUUCUAAACGACAUUCUUUUCAAAACUUUAUGUAUGAAUUUCUUGAAAAAGUUGGUUUAAAUGUAUUUUUUAAGCUUUAGGAAAGUUAAUUCAUUUGUGUGUACUCUUGAAUAGCGGAAAAAAAUCAUCCAGCUAUUUAGCUAUUGAGUUUUUUUCUUUACCACAACGAAAUUGGAGUCGUCCUCCUUCUCCUCUCCCCGAUCGUACUUCCCACGGAAAAAAAAACCCACCUUGUCUAAAAAAACCUAUAAAAAACUAGUGUUUUCAAUACCCACAAGAAAAACCAAAUAUAGAAAAAUCUGAAUCCCAUAAAACUAUUCAUCCAUAUUCCUUUAGGUUCUAUUGUAACGUAGGGAUAUGUCACUAAUUUAAAAGAAAGAACAGUAUAGUAAUGAUCUUGGCAGCUGUGGCUGAAUGAAUGAUAUGAGCAUUAUAUAAUUUGAGACGACAUUGGCAUGUGGUGGAGCCCCAUAUAUGCAAGUAGUGGAGGAGGAACAGAUGGGGAAGGAACCAGUGGAGUGGAAGAAGAGACUUCUUCCCCUUGUGAACACUGAACAGCCCACACACCAUUAAUUCCAUUGGUUCAGUACUCCUCCAGUACAAGGCUGUAGGGUAGUUAUAAAGUUGGCUUCCCUCCAAGGGAAUCCAAAAUAAGUCAAGAGACAAUGCAACAAGGAAUCCCUUCUCUAGUCUCUAGUACCCACCAGGCCAGCACUGCAUCUCUGCAUAUGCAUGGACACACUUGGAAGCAACAUAGAAAGGCAGGGCCAUUUCUAGCACUGCUAGCUAAGGCAAACACCAAAGAUGGUUAGUUCAAAUUUUUAUACGAGCGAAUUUCAGAUUGGGUUAUUUAAGGGCUAAAUUCUCUGCUUCAUAUGCUUACUUCCUAAUUUAAAAAGGCUACAUAUAUCUCGUUGGAUAUAGAGUCCGGGUAAAAAAUACCCUUCCCUAAAAAAACCCCAAAGGUCAGAAGCACUGGCCGUACAUCGUUUGUUGUAUAAAAGAACAAGACGCUAUUAAAAUUUAAAAUUUAAAACUUAAUUUGAAAUUGGUUUUAAGGUAUUUUUAACAUAAGACACAUAUAUAAAAUUUUACUUUUAUUGGUCGUUAAUAAACCGAUACAACUUAUAAUCAGUCUUGGCUAUCCAACGAGACCAUGUUUUUAUAAGAGGGUAGAUUAGAUCAUCAUCCAGUGCCUGCAAGCAUCUAAUUAACUCAGUAGCUUGAGGCACUGAUAAAAGGGGAUAGACUUUACUGAAGGUUUAUUAUUAAUAUUUUUAAAAAACCUGGUUAAUAGGCCCGGUUACCACCUGGUUAUUGCAGUAACCAACCUUAAAGGAAAUCCUAAGCAUCAGUAACACAUCAACAUGAAGACACAGUUGGGCAGGGUGGGGGUUGCCUGCAAAAACAGGCUGCAUGUGUUUUGCAAUCAAUGGACUCUGUUUAGGCAGAUGGGUAGUAGCUGUGUUGCUACCAAAGUGCCAAGCUUCAUGAUCCUGGAAUUAUUAUUUGGGAGACUUCUAGAAUGAGAGCAGCAAAAAUAUAGGAGAGGUGUUUCUUCCAUGCAGGAAAUGGAAUCUGAAGAAUUUUGGGAAUUUGGCAUGGACCUGAAUUGCUUGGUUUCUGCCACUUCUCAUGCAGUGACUUGUACUCCUGAAGAAAAAACCGCAACAGCAAAACCUUUGCUUCAUGGUUUCAACAUCUCCUCCUACUUUUCGUUUACUGAUUUGUGUUCAACAAGCGGCAGAUUCGAUUCACAUCCAUAUAUAUUAUGCUAGAGAAAGUCUCUUAUUUUUCAUACACACGUUUUCCAAACUAUUAAAUGAUGUGUUUUUUCAGAAAAUUCUAUCGGAAAAUUGCUCAACAAAUAAUAUUAAUCUAUUUUCUAAGUUUGAAAUAAUAAUUAUUCAAAUAAUUAUACGCUAAUGGCUCACUUUGUUUACGUAUCUUCUCAAUCUUGUCAUUUUUUUCUUUUCUCAACCACACCCUAAAAUAUUGCAGUUUUUUCAGAGUAAAAAGUUUCCUUUGUUUUGUUUAUAAUCUAAAAGUUUUCUUUGUUUAUAGAGGAAAAGGUGCAGGGUUACUUUUUCUCAGAGAGGUUCUAGACGCUUGGAAAACGAAGGCCCAUAAGUUGAUGGGCCUAUGAUUCGGCCUAUCAGGAUCAGGCCCAAACAUGCCCAUCCGUAUCCGUAGCCGUCAUCUGGCAGGUGGGGCCAGGCUGUCAUAGCUCACGUUCCCGCCAAAUUUGGGCGAGGCGCCGCUCCGCGAAUCCCUCGCCGCCGCUCGCCGGAGGCAACCGCCACCCUUCCCUUACUAAGGCGGCCGCGGAAGAGGAGGAGGAGGAAGAAGAAGGCGGUGGCAUCCCCCACGCUCCUCGACCGCCUCGCCCCCCCUCUCGCCGCCGUCGUCCCUCCCCUUCGCCGGCUGCGAUGGGGUGCGCCGCGUCGGCGACGGACAGCGCUGAGCGGCGGAGGCCGGGGCGGUCGCCGGGCCACGACGGCGAGCAGCAGCAGCAGCAGGAUGGGAGGAGGCGCGGGUGCAAGGUGGCGCCGGAGCCCAAGGAGGAGGACGGCGCGGCGGCGGCGGCGUUCUUGGCGUCGAUGCCCGGAUCCCCCAGCUUCCGAUACUACUGCCAGAAGUCCGCCACCGUCGACGCCAUCGUCGCCGAUGCCGACGGCGACGGCGACAGCGACGGCGACGAAUGCGUCAGAAUCACCGAGACGCCUCAGCCGAUCAAGAACAAUGGCCAUGGCUCCAGCGAGGUAGAGAUCAAUCCAUGGCUUCGAUCUUCCUCCCGAAUCCCUAACCGAAUUCAUCCUGAAUUUAACAUGCAGCUCUCCAAAUCGGCACCGGAGGCGAGCAGGUGGGUCAGGUUCAGAGGCCUCGCGCUCGCCGCAUGGUGCAGCUUGUUCAGCCGCCAUAGCCGCCGCAGCGCAGCCUCAGCUCCGUCUCAUCCUCCUCCUCCUCCUCCUCCUGCCAAAUCUCACCAACGCUUCGACGCCGCUGCUCCGGCUGAGAGAUCAGUUCUUCUCUGAAUGGAUAGACAUUUGAGUUUCUCAGCUUGUGAACCGUGGCUGAUCGAUCCCCACAUGAUGAUGGUGCUCUGCAUCAUCUGCUGUGUUUCUUUUUUCUUUUUAAUCUUUGGUUGUUGUUUGUAAGCUAACCUUGCAUUUGAGAAAACUGAUCUCGUGGAUGAUGUAAGGAGCAUCAGUAAUUAAUUUACUGCUCCUUUUGUGUACCAUAGACAAGCAUGCUUGAUUAGGUUGAAAGAAAAGGAGAAUCAUAGUGAAUUUGGAAGGUGUUCAUCCAGGUUUGAUGAGCUGAGAAUUUUUUUCUGUGUUUCUGAUUUCAUUCUGGAUGAUUUGAA